AUGGCGUCCACCCCGGAGAACGUACGCAAUCUCGCGCUGGGGUCAAAAUCGCCCGCAUCUCCACCUACUUCACCAUUUGUUCUUCCACCACUACCACCACUGCCUCCAAUAGACAUCAGUCAGUCGCCUGAUGCAUUAAAACAAGCGUCGGAAUCUGCUGUAUGGAGCGAGACACGUCCGAUGAAAUUUGGUACUACGCAGAAAUACAAUCACCAGCAUCAGUGCUUUCUGUCUUCUGGGGUCGAGAAAUCGCGUGUUGUCGAAGAGACGCAGCGCCUUAAAGUGACCCUGUCUGGACGCACGAUCUGGAGCAUAUCCCCAGAAGAGCUUUCUGAAUUGGCAAAAGACAUGGCUGAAACAAAGAAAGAGUCGGCUGAAUCGAUCAAGAAGUUGUCCUAUGCCGAAGCCAGCAAGCGCUGUCUGUCUGGAACCGCACUAAUUCGAGCAAUGCAGCCGAAAGUGUUGGCACUUGAGCAGCCAAUUCGCAGCUUCAAGAAAUACUACGGACUUCCCAACAUCCCAUCUUUUGAACCACUGCACAGGCAGAAUUUCAUUUGCAAGCUGCAUUAUGGGUACCGAGCUUCCAGAUUUGACGGUGUUUGUUGUCCUUCCAGUGAUGAUGCAGAGGCGUCGGAAGAAAAGGCAAUUCCAUUCGACAAGUUUACUGAUACUGAAGCGGAGAACGAGUCGCACGAUGUGCUGGACAAUAGCCAAGUCUUUGGUCUUUCAGCCACGACGCCCACAUUUUAUCCACGCCAGACGACUGAUACGAACGAGCUCAUUCAAAUGUUGAAAGCAUCACUUGCACCGAAGAAGGUCGCACCGCACAUGGAUUGGUGGCCGGGGGACUGGAAAUGCACCAAUUGCGGUAAGCAGAGCUGUUACAGGCUGCUUGUUGCCGCUAGUUAA